AUCACGUUGUUUUAGGAUAAAUAAUUAUCCCUAAAAACACAUUAUUAAGAAGUAACUUUAUGUUUUAUCGGGAUUAUUUGUAUACAAUAUAUUCAUGUUGUUCAUCUGGAUUUUUUAAGCAGAGGUUCCAGUAGCCGUACAGCUACAUGAAAAAUCCAAAUUAUGCCUUGUAAAAACAAAGAGUUAUUUCUUAAUACUUUAAAUGAGAAUCACAGUCCUAUAGUCUUACAGUACUUAGCAUAAAACGACCAGCUUGCUCAUGAUUACGGAUGGUAACGUUUAAGUUAUUUAUUAAUAUUUAUUUAUUAAUUGAUUAAUUAAUGUAUUUAAAUUUUCAUCUCGAAAACAUUUCGUUGACUGACGCUCUGCUCCUGAACAAUGUACAGAAUUGAGACGCGUUGCCCCUAUGUCGUUUGUCGGUUUAUCAUGUUCAAGUUUAAGAAAGUCUGUUGACCGGCUGGAGCCUCACCGUACUGACAGCAGUUUCUCCAUCUAGGCUGGUGAAGGCAGACUGGAGUUGUGAUCACACACCGCUUUCAAGAUCCAGAAAAAUCCCUUUUUGUUAUUUUCUCCCCCCCAAGCAAAGUUCCCAAACUUUCAACCGGUCACAGCAAAGAUGAUUCUGCACAGACUCCUUCUCCUGGUGACGUGCUUCUGCGCUCUGGCUAGGAAUUCCCUAGUGAAGGGAGAGUUCUACAACCUCGAUUUCUCAUCCAGCAUGGAAAACAUCCUGCCCACCAUCACCCGCCCUGCCAACGCCAGCCGCACGUUCUAUGGAAUCAUGUUUGACGCAGGGAGCACCGGCACCCGGAUCCACGUCUACACCUUCAUUCAGAAAGACCCAGCUGGGCUACCUGUUUUGGACAAAGAAAUGUUCCAGUCCGUGAAACCUGGGCUCUCUGCAUACGCUGAUAACCCUGAAAUGGGCGGAAAUACGGUGAGGCAGUUACUGAAGGUUGCAAAGAAGACAGUGCCUCGGCCCCUGUGGAAAAAGACUCCUGUGGUUUUAAAAGCUACAGCCGGGCUCAGACUGCUCCCACAAGAGAAAGCACAGGCUCUGCUUGAGGAGGUUCAAGAAGUUUUUGACGAAUCACCUUUUCUUGUGUCAAAUAACAGUGUUAGCAUAAUGAAUGGAACAAAUGAAGGGAUUUUAGCUUGGGUUACGGUCAACUUUUUAACAGGUCACCUUUAUGCAAAAAGUCGAAAGACAGUUGGCAUCCUGGAUUUAGGUGGAGGCUCAACCCAGAUAAGUUUCCUUCCAAAAUCCAAGAAAACAAUUCUGACAUCCCCAGACGAUUACAUUGCGAAAUUUGAUAUGUUCAACACCACUUAUCAACUGUACACUCACAGCUACCUCGGAUGUGGACUGAUAGCAGCUCGACUUGCCACUUUAGGAGCUCUGGGAGCAGAAGGAUUAGAAUACAGAGUCUUUAAAAGCACUUGUCUGCCUAAGAAGUUUAAAGAGGACUGGACUUUUGGUGGGAUUACUUACAAAGUCAGUGGAAACCCAGAUGGUUACACUGGAUAUAAGCACUGCUAUCAGGAAGUUGUGAAAGUAGUGAAGGGGAUUGUUCACCAGCCCUUUGAAGUUAAGGGCAGCAGCACUUUCUAUGCCUUCUCUUACUACUUCGACCGAGCUGUUGACUCAGGCCUGAUCGAUAGUACCCGGGGUGGUGUGGUAGAAGUAAGAGAUUUUAAGAAGAAAGCCAAAGAAGUAUGCAAUAAAAUGACAAAGUACCGUCCAAUAAGUCCAUUCCUCUGCAUGGAUAUGACGUACAUCACGGCCUUACUGAAGGAUGGGUUUGGAUUUAAAGAAAGCACAGUUCUGCAUCUCACCAAAAAGGUGAACAAUGUGGAAACAAGCUGGGCCUUGGGAGCCAUCUUCGAUUACCUCAAGUCUCUGAAGAUCCACUGAGGCACAACGCGAACACUGGCACGGGGUUAACAAUAUUGUUCUUGCUGGGCUUUUCUUUGCUGACCUUCUCUUUCAAUAAAAGCCCAGGCCUGCUCAGCACUGCCAUUAACAUUCAUCUGUAAAAAUCAUGCUUAGUUGUUAAUCUAGAAAGAAUCUUGGAAACUGUUGAAAAGAAUAUCUUAUAUUUUUUUAGAAGGCCAGCAAUUCCUACUGUAUUUUUAACCCAUGAUUAUCAUUAAUUGAUAAUAUAUUUUUUUAAUAUGUGCAAGCGUUUACAUUUAGCUUUUGUAUGGAGAUUUUACCAUGCUGUCUUAUAUGACGAGUUCAGGGUUCAACUACACUUUCAUGAGAGCAAGGCACCUUUUCUGCCUUUGAAGAGCAAGAAAACUGAAAAAAGCAAAAACGAGCUUUUUGUUUUGCUUACCAUUCACUAAUUACCAACCAUAAUAUUAUGAAAGUACUUUUUAGUAAAUAUGUUGUUAUAGUCCAGGGUUUCCAGUACAAGUUAAGUUAAAAUAAAUAACAGGCUUUAUUAUAGUUUAGAUGUAGCUCUAUUGUUUUUGUUUAUUCUGUUUCGCACAUAACACUUUAAUUGCAGACACUGUAGCUAAGGUUGUUUCUCGUGUACUGACUAAAUCGGUUGUACAUAUUAAAUAAGAUUGGGAGGCUACAUUUAUGUCACAACAACUCAGGGUACAGGUAAAGCACAGAAAGUGCAAUAGUAGCCGCUGCAUAUGAUUAAUGUUUGGUAUAUUUUUAGUACUUAUGUAAAUUUAAACCAAUGUUAAGAUUCUGUGCAGCAGUUAAAAAUACAGUAUAUGGCUACACUGUAUAAUAUGGCCUACUGACCAGUACAUGUGUUCUAGCACAUUUAAAAUUGCUGAAGACAUUGAACAUUUCUGUUUACGUUGAUAACUGUAGUCUUCAGCUAAAAUAAUAUAUAUAUAUAUGUGGUAGGUACAACUGAAUUAGAUUUGGCAGUUGCAAAAUCAUGCAUAAUUUUGAAGAUUGCACAGUAGGAAAUCUACAGUUUGGUGCUACAACCAGGUGAUUUUUAAUGAAAAUAUAGUGCUGGAACUUAGUGAUUUUGCCUUCUUGUGCAAACAGUCUCCUGUUCUGUGUGUAUUUUACCAAACUGCUGUUACUGUAUGAAAGUUUAGAAACAUGCUUGUUGGUGAACCAUUUAAAAUGGGAAGGAAAAAGAUGCAUGCUUUUUCAAAAGGGGGAUGAAUUUGUUUUGUUAAUUCUUAGAAGGAGAUUGUUGGCUUUAGAUAGGGACGAUUGGUUUAUCCUGAGAACACUUCAUGUAAUGCUUUUAUUUACAACUGCAGUAUUAAAACAAUUAUUAAUGAUUAAAUUAUUACUUAUCUGGAGUUGAGAACUCCUGAACUUAAAAUGUACAAAAGCCUGUUCUCAGAAUAUUCUUUUGACUUUUUGAAUAAAUACUGUACAGGUAUAAAGCAUUCUAGAAAGUGCAUCUAAGCAAAACUGGUAUUUAUUCCCAGUUGUCUUGCUGCCUUAUUAAACUUUAAAUACUUGCAGCCCCUUUCAGAAAUGUUUUUAUUCUUUAUAUUCUCAUAUUAAUACUUUAAAUAUAAAAAUACCAUACUUAAUGCAUAUAUGCUUAGAGAUUAAGUCAUUACUCAGCCACAAGCAUAUAUAUAUUAAUUCUACAUAUCUGUUGUGUUGUACUGGUUUUAUGACAUCAUUGUCUUGAACAAGCAAACCAGCUUCUUACAAGAACUAAGAAACACUAAAUGGGUAAAAUGUAAAAUUUCUACUUGGUUUUAUUAAAAUACUUAAGAUUUGUAA